AUGAACAACGAUACUCAAACCAUUUUUUCCGAAUUUUCGGAUCCCCACCGACGAUCGUUGAUUGAUCGUAUCUGUGUCGCUGUCGGCAACCACAGGAUCCCACGCGUGAAGGCGCUGGGUCUAUGGUUCGCUGACAUCAAGGCCCUGGAGGUCCUUGUAGGCCACGAGCGGAACCCACACAUGCUUCGAUACAUGCUGGUUGAUUUCUCCCAAUACAAUCUUCCGAGAAUUUGGGCUAGUGAUGUACAAGCAUCUCGCUCUGGCCAACCCAGGGUACUGGAAACCAGACCCGAUAUGGGCGCACGCGGCGAGAGGAGUGCCGCUGCUGACAUAUCGAGCCGACGCCCUGAACGUGGUGAUCGUGGUAGAUCUGGCUCUCCAGCACAAGCCAGUACCGCCGCUCGUUUACGGUCAGAGCCCAGAAUCCCGGUGCCCCAGGCCAGUGGUCGGCGAAAGAGGAUACUUGGUGACCCAACCGAGGAAAGCAUUAGGGUGACAGUGACAGAUCGUGAGGAAGCUAGAUGCGUUCUGACCCGCCGUGGAGGACCAUCGCUUGAGGUAGCCCAUAUUAUACCGAAUAGGAUCAAUAGGACCACGCGGGACGAGCACGAUGGAAACAGCGUCUGGAACUUUCUUCGCACCUUCUGGUCCGAAGAAAAGGUCGAUGCAUGGGAGCAAGCCCUGAUGCCAGGUGGUGUGCUAGUGAGCACUGAGCGGGUAUGCAACCUGAUCACGCUGGAUCUCACAGCUCAGGAUCAAUGGGACCGCGGACUCAUUGCAUUCCGGCCAAUUUCGGUCAACGAAGAAGAAACUGAAAUGCGAAUCGCAUUUCAUUGGCUUCCUUUCCGAAGCGCCACCAUCGCUAGGAAUGACCGAAUGCCACCUGCCGCAGUCCGAGACAUGGGUCCAGGAACUCCACCGUCCAGGAGCCCCGGGAGAUUUAAUUACUUUUUCGAUAUGGAAACUUUGGAAGUAAUUAGCUCAGGGCAUGUCUUCACGGUGAGAACUAACGACAAGGAGAAACAACCAUUGCCUUCGAUGGAACUUUUGGAGCUGAGAUGGCACCUCUCCCGCAUUGCUGCGAUGCAGGGAGGAGCAGAUGAGGAUGAUGACAGUGGUGACGAUUCUGACGGCGAUGUUCCCGAGGAUUGCCUCAUGUGGGAGAGAGCUGGUCAAAUUGCCUUCUAUCUUGAAGUCUUUGAGUCACGGGCUGAGAGGGAGGACGGGAGGGAGGAGGGGGGGAGGAAGAGGAAGAGGGGAAGAUCGAUCUCCUCGAUACAGGACCUUUCGCAUUGGAAUAAUAUCAAGGCUGAAAAUUCUUUCAACGAUACUCCAACAGGAAUGUUAUGCGGUGUUAAAGCUGGACAUUCAAAGCCUCGGGAUGUUCCGAGAUGGACCGCCCAUUCUAUCCGCCAAUGGCUUGACGAUUUUAAGGAUCCGAAGACCACUCGCCCUCACAUCAAACUUGUGACUCUCACUGGUACAAAGGCUAAAGAAAAUGAACUACAACAUAGCGAGUUAGCGUCUAUUGCAAACACCCUCUACUGCCGUCUCGAACAGCCAGAAUUCGGAGAUACCUCAUUCUUCCCAGUUCUCGUCAUCUCGCUCUUUGGGCCAAGGCACGGCCGUCUCCUACAAGCAAAGUUCGACAAUUCCGGUACCUUACUUGUCCGAUCCUCGCCGAUCUACAAUUUUGUAGAUAGCAAUGGAAAGAUGGAGCUUUUCGUUCGCUACAACAAUUGCAACCCCCGAGAUGGUCCAGAAAUAGAGCCUGUUCUGGCUGAAGAGCAGUCGCCAUCUCCUCGCGUUCAGCAUCAAGCUCUCCCUCCGGCUUGGACAAAGAAAACCUUGACCCUGAAAAAUGAUUUCUGGCUAUUAGAUUAG